AUGUUAAUCUGCUACAGCUCUCCUUCUUGCACCGGAAAUCUCAUUUCCGGCAGCCUGUUCCCGCGAGAAUGCAAGCUCUCCUUAAAACCCAAAAAAAUUUCUUUGUUUGAUUUUAAUGGGUGUGAUUCCUUGCAAAUGGUUAGCUCUCAGAAGUCCAUGUUUUCUUGUAUGGCUGUUGGCUCGAAUGUGAGUGAAGAUACAGAUGAUAUGUACGAUGACUUGUUCAAGAAGUACGGGAAGGUGGUCUUUAGAAGAAAUGACCAAAAGUCUGCUAGUGCAGAGGUCGAUGAUGAUGCUGAAUGUUUAGCCUUUGCUGUGGCAUUGGCUAAGGUUGCAAGUGACGUCAAAGCUGCAGAUAUUAGAGUUCUUUUUGUGAAGCCUCUUGUUUACUGGACUCGGUUCUUUAUCAUUGCCACAGCAUUUUCACGACCCCAAAUUGAUGCCAUCGGGACCAGAAUACGAGAUCUAGCUGAAAAAAAGUAUGGGAGAACCUCAAUGGGGGAUUCUAAGCCUAACUCAUGGACACUAUUGGACUUCGGUGAUGUAGUGGUGCAUAUAUUUCUUCCUCAACAAAGGACUUUCUACAACUUGGAAGAGUUCUAUGGCAAUGCGAAACAGAUUGAGCUACCUUUCGAAAACCAACAAUCAUUUCACAGUUGA